AAACGAACGAACGAAAGAAUGUCCAGCAGUGAUAACAGUGAAACUUGUUGCUGCUCAGCACCUGGAAAGGUGUUGAUCACAGGUGGAUACUUGGUAUUGGAUCGCGAGUAUGAUGGAACAGUGUUCACAAUCAACUCUCGCUUCUACACAACAAUCAAACCUAUUCAUGCUGCACCGACACAGUCAUUCAACAUAACUCUAUCCUCUCCACAGUUCAACUCUAUUCAACAUUACACUGUUGUCUACAAUGUUCAGCAACAACAAGAUGUACCAACCAUUGUCAUUUCACCUGCAGAUCCAAACACAUACAGAGAGAACAAGUAUGUUGAAAGGACAUUACUAUACACAUUGAUCGUUGCAUCAUCAUUGGUUGGUCCAGAGCAGUUUACAACAAUACUCUCACGUGGACUCUACAUCACCAUCCUCGGUGGCAACGACUUCUAUUCUCAGAUUCCUCAGCUCAAUCAAAGAGGACUACCAAUCACUUUUGAGUCAUUGAAGUCACUGCCACAAUUCCUUCCACUCACUACAACAUUGGACGAUCUUCAAAAGACUGGUCUGGGCAGCUCAGCCGCAUUGGUCAGCUCAUUGACCGCUGCAUUGUUGAGUCACCUCAAGGCUGCGACUCUAAAUCGCGACAAGACACUCCUUCACAACCUGGCACAACUAUGUCAUUGUGUUGCCCAAGGAAAGAUUGGCAGUGGAUUCGAUAUUAGCUCAGCAGUGUUUGGCAGUCAAGUCUAUCGUCGUUUCUCUCCAAGUCUCAUCCAGGACAUAUUAGCCAUGCUGCUUCAGGCACUCCUCCAGGAGGACUUCAACUCAAUCAAGUUGGAUCACUACCAGCCAUGGGACAACCAACACACGCCAAUGGCACUGCCACCAGGAUUGCAUUUGUUGCUCGCCGACGUGAGCAUUGGUUCCAACACACCUGUUAUGGUCAAGAAGGUGUUGGAUUGGAGGAAGGCAUUCCCUGUUGAAUCCAAGCAACUAUGGGACGAUCUCCAUGCAUCAAAUAGCGCUGUCAAGGUAUCAUUGACUCAACUUCACUCAUUGCAUGCUCAACAAUCAGACAAGUAUAUGGAGGUGAUAUCAAAGCUGGAAUCAACACCUCAGGCACAAUGGAGUGAGCUUGGCGGUGACGUAGCAAAGGAGGUGUCCAACAUCAGAUCAUCAUUCUACAACAUCAGAACACUGAUGAGAAAGAUGGGACAGCUGGCAGACGUACCAUUGGAGCCAACCGAGCAGACCAAUCUUGCCAACGACACCAUGGACAUUGUUGGAUGUGUGGCCUCUGGUGUUCCAGGCGCCGGUGGAUUCGACGCCCUCUUUGCCAUUGUCCUUGGUGAUGCCAGCUCAAAGGCCGUCAGACAAUGUUGGAUGAAUUGGAAGCAAUGCCAAGUGUUGCCCUUGGUGCUCAGCGAGGAGCCUGUUGGUGUCAUCUUGGACACAUUGCCAAAU